UCAACUGAGAAAAUUACUGAGCCAGUGUAGCAAACACACCAAGCAAUGGAGUCAACUGAGAAAUUACUCACCCAAUGUGGGCGGCGCAGUUUCCUCCCCGCUUCACUUCAUUUCUACCCACUCUCCUUCUGUCUAUUCUACUUGCCCAAUAUUAAAUAGAGUCGAUUUCACCCCGAUCCCCUUCACCUUCAAUUUCACAGCCCCCCUUUCUCUCCUUUUGUCGUCGAUCUCGAAGAAACACACGCUAAACAUGAGACAGCCUCGAGUUAUCAUGGAGGUCGGUGACGACGGCGUUGCGAUCAUCACCAUCUCCAACCCUCCCGUCAAUGCUCUCGCACUUACAAUUUUUGAUGGACUGAAGGAGAAGUAUAGUGAGGCGAUGAGAAGAGAUGAUGUCAAAGCUGUUGUUCUUACCGGUGAUUCUGGAAAAUUCUCUGGUGGCUUCGACAUAAAUGUGUUUGGGAAGGUGCAUAGAACAGAAGAUAGUUCCGUCUUACCUGAGACAUCUAUUAGCAUCUUAGUCAAUGUAAUAGAAGAUGGAAAGAAGCCUACUGUUGCUGCUCUGCAAGGACUCGCACUUGGAGGUGGACUGGAACUAGCUUUGGCUUCUCAUGCACGAAUUGCUGCACCAAAGACACUACUUGGUCUGCCUGAACUUACUCUUGGCAUUAUUCCUGGUUCAGGAGGCACACAGCGUCUCCCUAGGCUUAUCGGGCUGCCUAAAGCACUUGAACUUAUGCUGUUUUCUAAACCGAUAACAUCAGAAGAAGGAAAAGAUCUGGGCCUUGUUGAUGCUGUUGUUCCUUCUGAUGAAUUAUUAAAAGCAUCCUGCCAAUGGGCACUAGACAUCAUUGAGAGGCGCAAACCAUGGAUGCGCUCUCUUCAUAGGAUAGACAAACUUGGUUCCCUGCCAGAAGCGGUUGAUACUAUAAAAACUGCAAGGCAACAGGCCAAACAGACUUUUAAAAAUUUGCCUCAGCACCAGGCAUGCCUUGAUGUAAUUGAGGAAGGAAUCAUUCAUGGUGGUUAUCAUGGAAUUUUGAAGGAGUCACGGGUAUUUAAAGAGCUAAUCUCUACAGACACAUCAAAAGGUCUAGUGCAUGCAUUUUUUUCUCAAAGGGCAACAAGUAAGGUUCCAAAUGUUACUGACAUUGGACUUAAACCAAGAAAAAUAAACAAAGUCGCUGUUAUUGGUGGAGGGCUAAUGGGUUCUGGUAUAGCUACAGCACUAAUUUUGAGCGAUAUUAAUGUCAUUCUCAAAGAGAUCAAUUCUGAGUAUCUUCUGAAGGGGAUAAAAGGAAUUGAAGGGAAUGUGCGAGGUCUGGUAUCAAGGAAAAAAUUGGCAAAGGAUAAAGCAGAGAGAGCCCUUUUGAUGCUUAAAGGCACUUUGGACUAUGCUGAUUUCAAGGAUGUGGAUAUGGUUAUUGAGGCUGUUAUUGAACAUAUUCCUCUGAAGCAGAAGAUUUUUGCUGACAUUGAGAAGGCAUGCCCACCCCACUGUAUUUUGGCUUCAAAUACUUCUACUAUUGACCUUAAUAUAAUUGGAGAAAAGACCAAAUCACAAGAUCGGAUAAUUGGUGCACAUUUUUUCAGUCCUGCUCAUGUGAUGCCUCUCUUGGAAAUUGUACGGACAGAGAAGACUUCUGCACAAGUAAUUCUUGAUUUAAUGACUGUUGGGAAGAUCAUAAAGAAAGUUCCUGUGGUAGUUGGGAACUGCACUGGUUUUGCAGUUAAUAGAGCCUUCUUCCCCUAUUCUCAAAGUGCACAACUUCUGGUACAGUUGGGGGUGGAUAUUUUUAGAAUCGAUCAGCUUAUCAGCAAUUUUGGCCUUCCAUUUGGCCCAUUCCAGCUUCAGGAUGUUGCAGGAUACGGAGUAGCUGUUGCAACAACAGAAGUAUUCCGCUUAUCAUUUUCUGACAGGACUUUUCAAUCUCCAUUGCUCAAGCUUCUCAUGAAGAAUGGGAGAAAUGGUAAAAGUAAUGGAAAAGGAUAUUAUAUCUAUGAGAAAGGAAGCAAGCCCAAACCUGAUCCUUCCGUGCUCCCCAUAAUAGAGGAAUCUAGAAGAAUUACAAAUAUUAUGCCCGGUGGCAAGCCUAUAUCUGUUACCGAUGAAGAAAUUGUUGAGAUGAUAUUUUUUCCAGUGGUGAAUGAGGCAUGCCGUGUAUUAGAUGAUGGGGUGGUUGUCCGAGCAUCGGAUCUGGAUACUGCUUCUAUUCUUGGCAUGAGUUUCCCAUCUUAUCGCGGUGGUAUUGUUUUCUGGGCAGACACCAUUGGGGCAGAUCGCAUAUACAAAAGUCUUCAGAAGUGGUCUGAGUUAUAUGGUAACUUCUUCAGACCAUCAAGGUAUCUGGAAGAAAGAGCGACCCGAGGCAUCCCAUUGAGUGCACCCGCCUCAACAUCUUCUGCAGCAAAGCCGCGCCUGUGAUUCUCCUGCUGGAUAUUUUGGGUGAGGGGGAGAAAAUAAUUUUAUUUGGUUCCAAUCAAGUGAUAGCAUUGUUUAGCAAUAUUUAACAUAUGGCCUCCUCAAUCAGCCCUUCAUUCCGACUCCCAACUCCCAUAGUAAAAAUAAAGAGCAGAAAUCUACAUGUUUUCGUAGUGGUGUUAAAUAAAAUAUUGGUUUUGAAUGGUGAUGGAAGCAUCGAUAUAUGUGUUGAUCUAACAUGUACGAACUUAUUAUCAGAUUGUAUACUAUGUAGAGUAAGUGUGGAAUGAUUGCAAAAUUGAUGUUGGCUAGAGUAAUACUCCCAUCUCCUUCAUCA